AUGGGCGAAAUAAAAGCAUCCUACAAAACGAUUCUGGAUAGUUUGUUAAAGGAAGAGUGCAAUAAACAUUGUGCUGAUUGUGGGGCACCGGAUCCACGAUGGGCAUCUGCAACGCUUGGAGUUUUUAUCUGCAUCCGUUGCUCUGGAGUUCACCGAAACUUGGGUGUUCACAUUUCCUUUGUCCGGUCCGUUUCAUUGGAUAGCUGGAAGAGCGAGCAUAUCCGAAAUAUGCAGAGAUGGGGAAAUAAGAGGGCAAACGAGUAUUGGGAGUACAACCUGCCCAAGAAUUAUCCACGACCUACGGAAAAUAGUUCGAUGGCUGCCCUGGAGAAAUUUAUCAGAGCCAAGUACGAAAAGAAAAUGUGGGUUCGUGAUAAUGACUCGGAUUACGAUUAUUCGUAUUCUGGUAGCGACGGCGACACGAAACCUCUGUCUGCCAUCAAUGUAAAUCGUUCAAAGACUGCUCCCGUAACCCCAGCUGUAUCGUCUCCUUCCCCCUCCACUCCGUUGCGUACGCGUGCUUCAGGAGGUCUGAGCAGUUUAUCCCAUCGAAGUGGCUCGCUGAGUCCCAUCGAAGACCUGUUCAUGAGUUUCACUCUGAAGCCUUCGGCAAAUGCUGGGCUCGACAAAAAGGAUCGCGAAGACUCAUCGCGGAGUCUUCACACAGCCUCCAUAGCUGAACUUUAUGGACCGAAAAGCCCGCAAGUGGGUGUUAAAACCAAUUCUCACCUGUAAAAGAGUUCAGGAGUUCGCUCUUGGAGCAUUGCUAAGUAGUGUUAUCGUGUUUUAGAA